AUGCCCACGAAAAAGGUCAAAGAUGGUGACCGGAGGCGAUGUGCUAGAGCAUGCACAAACUGCAAGCGGCGCAAAGAGCGCUGUGAUGGACGACAACCAUGCCGACGCUGUGUAGAGAGGGGAGUGCUCUCAGAGUGUAGCCUUUGUCUUCCACGCCAAUCUCCUUUCAUGGCUUCAACGCUGCCAAAAACUAGGAGCAGUGCACCGCCAGACUAUAGCAAUGUGCAGCCCCACGGGCUUCAGCAUGAGAUGGCACUGCGGUUCCCUCAUCUUUCAAGAUUGAUUAAAGAUGAUAGAGGCACCUUCAUGUUCAUCGGCGACUCUGCCAACCAUAGCUUUCUCCAGAAUAUCCGGCGCAUUGUUCGCGAGCGUGUAGGGGAUUGCAUCUUUGUUGACGAUCCACUGCGCCAUUAUAUGGUUGAGGCCUGUCCAAGCAAAGGUCACAAUUCGAUUCUCCAUCAUGGGACGGAGCCACCCCCCAAGCCGACUGUGGACGAGGCGAGAUCGUUUGUAUACUGGUAUCGGCAAGCUACGCACUCCAUUCUCCAACUUUUUGACGAAAACAAGAUAUGCGACGACAUCCUAGACUGGCUACGUCUACCUCAAGAGCCCCUUGAUGCUAUCAGUGCCACAUAUUCAUUGAUACUGGCCAUUGGCGCCCAGGCGUGUCCAGAGGGCUAUGACGAGAGAGCCGAGAGACAUUUUAAUUAUGGAAGAUAUGUGACGUUGGCUACUCUAAUGGAUGAUCCUAGCAUUGCCACUACCCAAUGCCAUGUUCUCAUAGCCAUGUAUCUUCUGGCCCAAUCACGCAGGAACGCCGCCUUCAUGUACUUGGGUAUAGCCGUACGAGGAGCUUAUGCACUGGGACUUCACAGAGAGGAUGUUUCUGCAUUAUACGAUUCAACCGAGUACAUGACGAGAGAACGUCUAUGGAAAGGUAUCAGGACUCUGGAUCUGUUUAUGAGUGCAUCACUGGGUAGACCUCCAGCCACCCUGGAAACUCGCGAUACUGCAUCGAAGGAGCACUAUUCGGCCAUGAAUGACUUAUCCUACAUAUUCGAGAACAUAUUAACUGAAGUGUAUGCAAAACGGAUGAUCACAACAGAAUGUCUGAAGAAAAUUAGCGAGCUUCAUCGUGGGUGGGCGACCAGAUUCGGCGGAGGCUUGGGAGUGGACAACAUACCACCCAUUGAAGAGGUACAAACAGAGGCAGGACCUGGGCCAAAUAUCGGCCUAAUUCAUUUGAAAGAGGCAUAUUAUUGGACUAUCAUGUUAUUGUCCCGACCAUUUUUAAUCGACUAUAUUUCUUCAUCGCCACCAGAGGAGAGGAAUUCACCAUCCGACUCAACACAACCCACACCUGCCUCAUCUCCCUCACGCAACAUUCUCGCUCAAGCAUGCGUCGACUCAGCCGUUCGCACUAUCGAUCUUUUUCAGCCGCUAUUGACCAACAAGUUAACACCGAAGAGGCUGCCGUUUGUCGUGAAUUCAGCGUUUGCGGCAUCGCUGAUCAUUGGGGUUGCUCUCUUCAGCGACCUGGAUGGAUCCAUGCCGUUAAGAAGGAAACGAUUGGGAGAUGGUUGUAAGGUGUUGGAAAAAUUCAGCACACAUGACCCUGUGACGAAACGCUAUCUUGGGAUUGUGGAAAAAUUGAUUGGUGCCUGUGAUACGUUCCUGGAACUACAGCAACAGAAAAGGAUGGAGUACAAUAAUGAUCUAAUCGGAAGGCUCUUUGGC